CCCUUAGUACUACCAUGGGCUAAUCUGUGGAAGCAGUGUAUUCUGGUGUCGGCCAGGGCGCAGCCACAGCAAGCUCCGGAGCAGUGUGUUCCUCCGUUCAUGUGACCCCUUCUCACCUCUCCUUCCCCAGCACCUGGGAGCAGUGACACUACAAAGACGCAGUACAUGCUGGGAGCUUCUGCGCAAGAGGACUGACCCUCUUCUUACAAGUCAUAGGCUGGGCCCUGACACGAGACGAUAUGAAGGAGUGUGUGUUCCUCGUGCUCCUGGUGUUGUGCUCUGCCAAGCCAUCAUCUCAUCCUUCAUACAUGAUGCUGAAGAACAUGAUGUUGAAGGACACGGAAGAUGAAAUGGAUGGCGACCCUGAUGACGACAACUCUCUUUUUCCAACAAGAGAGCCAAUUAACCCCUUCUUCCCCUUUGAUCUGUUCCCAACAUGUCCAUUUGGAUGCCAGUGCUACUCAAGAGUUGUACACUGCUCUGAUCUAGGUUUGUCCUCCGUCCCAAGCAACAUUCCAUUUGAUACUCAAAUGAUUGAUCUUCAAAACAAUAAAAUUAAGGAAAUCAAAGAAAAUGAUUUUAAAGGACUCACUUCACUUUACGCUUUGAUUCUGAACAACAAUAAGCUAACAAAGAUUCACCCAAAAGCCUUUCUAACCACGAAGAAGUUGAGGAGGCUCUAUCUGUCCCACAAUCAACUAAGUGAAAUACCAUUUAAUCUUCCUAAGUCACUAGCAGAACUCAGAAUUCAUGAUAACAAAGUUAAGAAAAUACAAAAGGAGACAUUCAAAGGAAUGAAUACUUUACAUGUUCUAGAAAUGAGUGCAAACCCUCUGGAUAAUAAUGGGAUUGAACCAGGGGCAUUUGAAGGAGUGACAGUGUUCCAUAUCAGAAUUGCAGAAGCAAAACUCACCUCAAUUCCUAAAGAAUUACCAUCAACUUUACUGGAGCUUCACUUAGACUAUAAUAAAAUUUCAACUGUGGAACUCGAGGAUUUUAAACGCUAUAAAGACCUGCAAAGGCUGGGCCUCGGAAACAACAGAAUCGCAGAUAUCGAAAAUGGAAGUCUUGCUAAUAUACCACGAGUCAGAGAAAUACACUUGGAGAAUAACAAACUGAAGAAAAUCCCGUCAGGAUUACAGGAGCUCAAGUACCUGCAGAUAAUCUUCCUUCACUCUAAUUCAAUUACAAAAGUGGGAGUGAAUGACUUCUGCCCAACAGUACCGAAGAUGAAGAAAUCUUUAUACAGUGCGAUAAGUUUAUCCAACAAUCCGGUGAGGUACUGGGAAGUGCAGCCUGCAACUUUCCGCUGUGUUGUGAGCAGAAUGAGCGUUCAGCUCGGGAACUUCAGAAAGUAGUAAUUAGUAAUAUCCAUUUAAUAUAAAAUUUACAUUUGGAAUACUUGAACUCUAUUAAAAAUGGUGGUAUUAUGCAAACAAGCAAAAACUAUUCCUAAAUGGUAAGUCUGACUUACUUUAUGACAAAAAAUUUCAACAGAAUUUUGCAAAACUAUUGCUACAUCAGGAUCAAGAGAAACAAGCAUCUACUGCAGUUUCCGUUUGUAUACAAAUGAUUUUGUAUAAAUCAUAUGCUUGAACAUUCUUUUCUCAGUAACAAAAAAAAAUAACACAUUCAGUUUUUAACACUUUGUUAUCAAGUGCAUUUUAAAAAGAACUGUACUGUAAUUGGAAUGCUUGACUUAGCAAAAUUUGUGCUCUUUUAUUUGCUGUUAUGUUAGCAAACCAAGAUUGACAAGAA